CGUGCGCGCGGCGCAGCCGCCACCGCGGGAGCCCCGAGACCCGCGUGCCCCUGGGCCGGGCGGCAGUGGCGGCGGCAUGUGCGGCGCGCGACGGAGCUGACGGCGGCCGCCGGCCCCAUGUCCUUCGCAAUGCUGCGUUCGGCGCCGCCCGGCCGCUACCUGUACCCUGAAGUGAGCCCGCUGUCGGAGGACGAGGACCGAGGCAGCGAGAGCUCGGGUUCAGACGAGAAACCCUGCCGUGUGCACGCAGCGCGCUGCGGCCUCCAGGGCGCCCGGAGACGGGCCGGGGGCCGGCGGGCGGGGGGCAGUGGCCUGGGGCCCGGAGGGCGGCCGGGCCGUGAGCCCCGGCAGCGGCACACAGCGAACGCGCGGGAGCGGGACCGCACCAACAGCGUGAACACGGCUUUCACCGCGCUACGCACGCUCAUCCCCACCGAGCCCGCUGACCGCAAGCUCUCCAAGAUCGAGACCCUGCGCCUGGCCUCCAGCUAUAUCUCGCACCUGGGCAACGUGCUGCUGGUGGGCGAGGCCUGCGGCGACGGGCAGCCCUGCCACUCGGGGCCCGCCUUCUUCCACGCAUCGCGUGCCGGCAGCCCCCCGCCUCCCCCACCCCCCGCCCGUGACGGCGAGAACGCCCAGCCCAAACAGAUCUGCACCUUCUGCCUCAGCAACCAGAGAAAGUUGAGCAAGGACCGGGACAGAAAGACGGCGAUCCGGAGUUAGAGGCGACGCCGGGCCAUCCGCGGAGAGCCCCAGACCUGACUCAGGCACAGGCCUCGCUGAGGGCACCCCCAGGCCCACCCGGCCCUGGCUGCGAGUGGGGCUGAUGGACAGACAGGCGGUGGGACGCGCGGCCGCCGCAGCACUUGCCCAGCCCCACUGGAACUUUCCGUGCUGGCUCGCUACAUGGCUCUCCUCUGGCCACUAUGUGCUAGCAUUCUGUGUCUUUGAUAUGAUAAUAUAAAGUCUGGAAAUUUUGUAUAAUUAAAAACAAAACAGUAUCUUCCAAACGCAGAUGCACGCUGUCCUCUGGAGCAGCCCAGAACCAGCCCUGAGCAGAGCUGAGCCCACACUCCUGCCCUCAGGGCUGUGGUUGUUCGUGUCCCAGCCACCCUGGGCCAAGGCGCCUGGUUCCUGGGGAAAGCCCCCACUUUCCAGGGCUCAGGGUCAGCCCCCGCUGCCAGGGAACUGCGGUACGGGGUCUGGAGACCAGCGAGGGGAGAGGGCGAGGAAAGACGACAGCCCCCACGCACUUGGCAAGGGACAAAGCGGGACAGGCCGAAGCCAGGGAGCACUCCCUCCCCACCCCCGCUCCAAGGGCUACUAGGGGUCCGGGUGCCCUGCAGGCAAGGGCAGUGCGUGCAGCGUGCAACAUGCUGGUCUCCUGGGCCUUGGCACCUCAGCCCCUGCCCGCAGAGCCCCAGGAAGUGGGGGGCGGGGCACUGUCUGGCAGAAGGAGCUCCCAGUCUGUGCAGGCCUGAGGGUGUGGACCAGGUGGCAGGUGCCCACCCUGGGCUGCCCUGGCCCCAGAAGUCCUGCUCAAGGCGGAGGACCCCGGCCGCCCGCCCCUGCACCCACCCAGCUAACCCGAAGGCCCCACCUGCCCAUGAGGAGGGCAGUUCAGGCCUCUUGGAGCUGUGCACAGCUGGCUGACCAUUAAAAUCUUGCAGGUGACAAUUACGGCUUAGUGGUGUAAGCUCACAGGCACAGCAGAGAAGCAAGCUGGGGGCAGUGCCUUGUGGCACCCCCCCACACUGGCCAGCAGCCUGACUUCCGGCAGCCGGGCUGAGAGUGCCAGGGGCCGACCCGGGGCCCCAGGAGAGGCCAGGUGCUGAGGCCCACGUGGGCACCCCAACAGGGCAGGCCCAGAGCUGCCCCCUCCUCUUAACAGACAGGCUCCAGGGAACCAAGAAGCAGGAAGCAGUGGUGUAAUUUUGGAGGAAAUUCUCAAAGCCAGAGCCAUUAAGGGUUGGGGGGGGCUAUGUCCAAUCUGAUAGAAAUAUAACAGGAUAAAAAGUCACAACGGCAGGUUCCACUCAGAGAGAAACCCAACCCCAAAUUUCCUCUCCUUAAUCCUGCAGGAGCCUACAGCUGGCCAGCAGGAGGGGGAGAGGGCACGCUCGGUCACUGCAGAAGCCCCCCGCCCCCGCCUGCCUAGAGAGCCAGGACUCUCAGGCAGAACGUGGGGGUCCCGCUAAGGGCCGAGAAAGGUACCUCUUCUUCUCCUGGGCACUGAAGACACUUGGAGAACCGACCUGGGAAGGGUGCCCCCGAGGGCCUCCAAGCUUGCCGCCCCUGCUCCACUGGGCACCAGCAGUCCUGUGGGGACAGUCUGGGGCCUACCUGUGCUCAACCACCCACCUGGCCCAUGCAUACCUGGGCUGGGUGAGAGCCCAGACCCCCUCACAGAUCCUCCAGAGACGACAAACAGGUAGUCAGGCAUAGUCAGGUGCCCACCUCACAGCUGGGCAUAUGGGGGAGGGGUGGGAAGCAUGCUUCGCACAAAGGUGGGGGUGGGCACGGGGGACUCCCCAUGGAGCCCAAGGACAGGCAGGGUGAGGCUGGAGGGUGUCUCGGGGGUGCCAAGUCAGUAGGAGAGGACAGGCCGCUGGGACAGUCCCUGGGGGGAGCAGGUCCUGGCACAGGACGUGCAGCCAGGCCCUCAGCUGCCGGGCCUGGGACUCGACAGCGGCUGCAGCUUGGCCGGCCUCAGGCCUGGGCAGUGGGCCCGGUCGCUCCCUGAGCUGCACCGGUAGCAGCAGAGGCCGAGGGCCUGGCCCGCCAGCCAGCGGGAGAGGAGGGGCGGGGGCGGGGAGGAGCACGCCGUCACCCUCCACCGCUCCAGAAAUUCAAACCAGACUGGGGGUGGUGGGCCGGCCGAGCCCCAGCGGGCGCGAGUCCACUCGGCCGUCCACUCCAGCAGCCAGGCCCCCCGUGCGCCAGAGCCCUACUCCCUGCCCAGGACCCAGCGCCCCACGCGUGCCCCGGGCGGCAGCGUGAAAAGAGGGCACGGCCCGCACCCUCGGCCAGCAGCCACUCCUGAGGCCAAGCAGGCCUGGAAACGCUCCGAUGGCCGUCAGGGCCAGGCUGUCAGCUCCCUGUCCCCAGCCCGGGGAACGAGCUGCUGGCGGUACCACGUGACCCGUCACCAGGC